AUGACCACCAGAUAUCGUGUUGAAUAUGCUCUUAAGCUAGUAACUAGUUGGUUAAUUGAAUGGAUCAAGGGCUUGCUAGCAGUCCCAUUUGUACUGCACUCUCAGCCAACCGUGGUCUUCCAUGAGGAGAGCCUCAAACUGGCCGCCGUGGCCACGGCCACUCAGAAACGAUAUGCAGAGAUUAUGCGAGAUGUCGAGCUUCUCAUCAACGAUCACAUUGACCACCACGAAAGCAAUCGACCCGGCAAAUCCAAGCUAAAACUGCUCGUUCCGGCAGUUGGCCAAUUCUUCACCCCUCUUUUACUAGAGGAUGCAUUCAUUUACCAGGAUCAGCGACGCCAAAUCAGCCGUCGGCGCUUCGUGGCCCCGUCUUUCAAUGACAUCCGCCUAACCCUCAACACGGCGCAGCUAAUGGGUCUAGUGCGGAGCAGCGAAAUACGGCUCAUCACCUUCGACGGAGACGUCACCUUGUACGAAGAUGGCUGCUGCCUGGUAGAAGAAAACCCUGUGAUCCCACGCUUACUGCGUCUGCUGCAGCUGGGUAAGAAAGUGGGCAUUGUCACGGCGGCAGGAUACACAAAGCCACAUCACUACUAUGUGCGGUUGAAGGGUCUUCUUGAUGCAGUGUGGCACGACGGGACUCUGACAGCCGAACAAAAGAAUGGCCUCAUCGUCAUGGGCGGGGAAAGCAAUUUCCUCUUCCGUUACGACCAGUCCGCACCCAAUAGGCUGUCCUCCGUGCCGCGCUCUGAAUGGAUGCUCGACGAGAUGUAUACCUGGAAUGAUGACGAUAUUACCAACUUGCUCGAUGUCGCCGAGGCGUCCUUGCGCGAGUGCAUGAGUAAUCUGAAUUUGCCGGCUACUGUAUUGCGAAAGGAACGCGCCGUGGGCAUAUAUCCUCUCAAGGGCCAGAAGAUGCAUCGCGAGCAACUCGAGGAAACUGUGUUGGUGGCUCAGAGCAUGGUGGAGCGUAGUGAGGUCGGCAAAAAGCUGCCAUUUUGCGCUUUUAAUGGUGGAAACGACGUCUUCAUCGACAUUGGCGACAAGUCGUGGGGCGUUCGGGCAUGCCAGCGAUAUUUCGGCGGGAUUGGUCGAUCGAUGACAUUGCAUGUAGGCGAUCAAUUCUUGUCAGCGGGUGCGAAUGAUUUCAAGGCUGAUGGUGGUCGAAUAUCAGGCCAGAACGGCAUGCACAACAGCCUGGAUAGCUAG